AUGCCGGCAUGCGUAAAUGCGUCUACAGCCUCAAAUGCGUCUCCGCGUGUGCACGUGGCCUCAUCCAUCGCAUUUGCCUUCUCGUUUGUUGCCUGUUUUGCGUUCUGUUCUGCCGUCUUGCGCGUGCCGGUGCCGUGUCGCCGGGGUUGGGAGGAGCCCAUGGCGAGGUGUGACCUCGGGGAGGUGGUUCAGUCCCGCGUGCUGCGGAGCGUUGCGUCACCAUUCCACAGCGUCCUGCGGGAGGAGAGCACGCGGCAUGAAUGCAACCUCGAGCACGGUCGAGCGACCGCCGCUUCCGCGACGGAGGUUGCGGGUUUUGCGACAAUGCGGGAGUCAGCGCGGCACUACCUUUUUUUUCCGCGGCAAAACAACAAGGACGUGCACAAAGACCUUGACACGCCGGCUGCCGUUUCGACGGUGGCGCUCAUCGGUGGUACUGGCUUUUUUGCACGCUUUCUUGCGCAUCAGUGCCUUCGGCGUGGCAUCAGCGUGACAGUUCUUGCGCGUGACCUCGACAAGGCGAAGGAUACGUUUCUUGCGCUGUACAAGCGGAAUGUCGCAAGCGGGAUGGAGAUUGUGGAGGAACACAGCACUGGCCUGACUGAAGAAGGCUGCUUUGUGCGUUACACAUCCGGCAUGAAGAAGGAAGGCGUUGUGGUACCGUUACGGUUGGAACUGCUGCGAGGCGAUGUGACGUCUCCAGUGGAAGUGCAGCGCGCGGUGCGGCAGGCGUCUCUUGUAGUGUACUUGGCGUCAGCAAAGUGCAGCAGCUGGUGGAGGCCGUGGGCGAAGCGCAAUGAUCCUGGCUGUGCCAAAGUGGAUGUCGGGGGGCUGCGCCACACUCUGGAGGCGUGUAGCCUCGUGGACGCCCACCUUGUUGCAUUUGUGCCACUCUUCAAUAGAUCCUCGUGGACUUCGCCGCUGCAGUGGUACCGCAAACUGUUCGUGUACCGUGUCGGCUAUCUUAAGGCGGCACGCAGACAGGAGCGUCUUCUCAUUUGCGACGACGGUUCUCCUUCUGAGGUGUAUCUGCAGCAUGGGGGGCCGCUGCGCUUCACGUUGUUUCGAGUGGCUGACAUUGUGUACCCCAGUUUUAACCAGCGUGUCGCAAUAGCAAACAACAGCAAAAUAUCCGACCCACUUCGAUACAUUGCUCUUUCCCGUGGAGAUGUAGAGGCAAAAAUCCUGGCAAACAUUGUUCUUCGUGCUGUGGGGUUAUGCCGCUCCUCAAUUGGAAGCCGUCUAGAUGUGACGGGGUGCAUGCGGCAUGGCGUGGAUUUGGCUCAUGUGGAUUCUUUAUUGCACGGCCUGCGGAGCGACUAA